CAACAGCAUCAUCAGCAGCAGCUGCCGCCUGUCUACGGCACCACGUAUGGCCUGCUGGCUCCUGCAGAUGGACGCCACUUGAGCCCCGGCAGCCCCGGCAGCCCCGGCAGCCCCGGCAGCCCCGCCGCGGCGUAUCCACCGCCACCGCCACCGCCACCGCCGCUGUUCCGCCCCCUCGCCAUGGAGUGCCCCAGCAUCGAGAUCACUCCGGGCGAGCAGCACGGUGACUGCUGCUGGUGCUGCUGCUGCACCGCCGGCGCCGCCAACGGCCUGGCCGUGCCGUCGCCAACUCGCCACCAUCACCACGGCCACCACCACCACCACGACCAUCACCACGACCAUCACCACGACCACCACCACGACCACCACCAGCAGCAGCAGCAGCGGCGCGUGGAGGGCGACCUCUUCUACCGCUACCGCGAACCCCCCGCUGGCGCCGUGGGCACCGUCAGCCCCGCUCGCAGCGCCUCGCCCGCCAGCCCCAAGCCGGACGUGGCUCCGGACACGGAGCCGAGCGCCGGCGCCGGCGGCUGCGCCGGCGGCUGUGCCGGCUGCGGCGUCGGCGGAGCGCCGGACGACCCGGUGAGCCUCCUGUUCACCACCAUCGACCUGGACUCGCGGUCGCCGCACGGCUCGCCGGUGCCGUCGCCGCCGUCGCAACGCCUCCGCCGCCACAGCCGCCACCACCAGCAGCAGCAGCACCAGCACCAGCAGCAGCACCAGCAGCAGCAGCAGCAGCAGCACCAGCAGCAGCACCAGCAGCAGUUCUACCGCGCCGCUCCGUCACCAAACUCGCCGCCGACACCGCCGCCGUACUGCCUGGGCCGCGUCUCCCCGCGCGCGGUGGGCGGCGGCGGCGCCGGCGCCGGCAACUCGACUCCGGCGGACGAGCCCCACCUCCUGCACCCGGCGCGCUCCACCUCGCCGUACGGCGGCAAGCGGCGUCACUCGAGCGCCGAUCCCCACGCGGCGGCGGGAGGCGGCGGAGGCGGCGGAGGCGGCGGAGGCGGCGGAGGCGGUGGAGGCUGCGGCUCCGCCUGCAGCUCCCCCCACCUCUCCCCCACGCCGUCGCCCGCCACCUCGCGCCGCUCCAGCAUCAACGAGGGGGAGCAGCCGCAGCCGCCGCCGCCGCUGCUGCUGCUGCUCAUGCCACCGGGCGAGGACGUGGACUCGCAGGAGAGCAUCCCGUCCAAGUCUCGCCGCACCUCCCAGGACCACACGGCGCCCGGCUUCGAGGGACAGCUCCAGCUGCAGCAGCUGCAGCAGCUGCAGCAGCAGCAGCAGCAGCUGCAGCAGCUGCAACAGCUGCAGCAGCUGCUGCUCCUACAGCAGCAGCAGCAGCAGCAGCAGGUUGGGUCGUGGGAUGACGCGGAGUGUGACGUCAGCACCUUCCUGAAGGCCGAGGUGGAGCCGCCAUCGCCGCCGCCGCCGCCGCCGGCGUCAUCGUCGGCGCCGUCGGCGUCAUCGGCGUCAUCGGCGUCGUUGCCGCAGCCGUUCCUGGCGGUGCCGGCGUGCCCCUGGACUCUGCCCAAGCAGCCGGCGCUGUGCGGGGUGGAGGGACUGCCCAGUCUGUCCCAGUGGCUGCCCUCCCACGUGGGUUCCUGCGAGCUGCGUGUGGAGGUGCAGCCUCGCGGCCACCACCGUGCCCACUACGAGACGGAGGGCAGCCGCGGCGCCGUCAAGGCCGCCGCCACGGGAAGCGGGCACCCCGUCGUCACGCUGAGCGGCUACCGGGAGACGCCGCUCACCCUUCAGAUGUUCAUCGGCACAGCGGACGAGCGUCCCCUGCGGCCUCACCCCUUCUACCAAGUUCACCGCAUCACCGGCAAGACGGUGGCCACACAGAGCCGCGAGGCCGCUCUGGGCCCACACCGCCUGCUGGAGAUCGCCCUGCUGCCCGACCAUGGCAUGAAGGCCCUCAUCGACUGUGCGGGGAUCCAGAAGCUUCGCAACUCUGACAUCGAGCUGAGGAAAGGCGAGACGGACAUCGGGCGUAAGAACACGCGCGUGCGCCUGGUGUUCCGUGUGCACGUUCCCCAGCCUGGAGGGAAAGUGCUGUCCCUGCAGGUCGCCUCCAUCCCCAUCGAAUGCUCUCAGCGCUCUGCCCAGGAGCUGCCGGUGGUGGAGCGACUCAGCACCUCCUGCUGCUCCGUCGCCGGGGGCGACCUCCUCCAUCUCCAUGGCAACCACUUCAGCCCCGACGCCAGGGUCACCUUCACCCACAGGGGCGCAGAUGGCCGACCGCUCUGGGAGGCGGAGGGCCGUGUGGACAAAGAAUUAUUCUCGCCCACUCAUCUGACGGUGGUGGUGCCGCCGUUCCACGACGCGGCGCUGGCGGCGCCGGUGCCGGUUCAGGUGGCGGUGUCCAACGGCAAACAGAAACGCAGCCAGCAGCAGCACUACCUGCACUACCGUCCACACGGCGGCGCCAGCAUCCUCAUCAAGCAGGAGACGAUGUUCCCGGAGCGCUCUCGGGACGACGACGACGACGCCGACGCCGUCACCGCCGGCUCGGCGGUGACGGCGGAGGAGGUGGACGAGGUGGAGGUGGACGAGGUGGACGAGGUGGAGGAGGUGGAGGAGGCGAUGGCGCUGGAGGCACCGGCACCGCCGCGUCCCUUCGGCCUCCUCCCCUGCAGCCCGACUAGGCCCGUCGCUAUCCCCACACCGCGGCACCACCACCACCACCACCACCACCAGCACCAGCAGGACCACCACCAGCACCAGCAGGACCACCAGCACCAGCAGGACCACCACCACCACCACCACCAGCACCAGCAGGACCACCACCACCACCAGCACCAGCAGCAGCAGCACAGCAGCCCGACCCUGCCGCUGCUGCUGCUGGCAUCGCCGGCGCACAACGGAGCCGCCAUGGCACCGGCUCUACACCACCAGCAGCAGCAGCAGCAGCAGCAGCAGCAGCAGCUUCUACUGCCCUAUCCAGAACAGCAGCAGCAGCAGCAGAGAAUUGUACCGGGAAUGUUGCAGCAGCAGCAGCAACAGCAGGUGCUGCUGCUGCUGCCCGGGAUGCACCAGCAGGGCACCGGCACCGGCGGAAGCAGGCGGCGGCCGAGCCCGACACGGCACGGCGGGAUCAGCAACCUCCCCGGUGACAUUCACGACCAGCGCCGGCAGCUGCACCACCACCACCACCACCAGCACCACCAGCAGCACCACCAGCAGCACCACCACCAGCAGCACCACCACCAGCACCACCACCACCACCAGCAGCAGCAGCAGCAGCUGAAUGCGCUGACCGUGCCCGAGCUGGGACGCCCGCCCCGUCUCAGCCACUCGGCGCCGUGCCUCACCGCGUUUGGGUUUAGCCCGCCGGCGCCGGGGAUGGACGCCGGCGCCGGCGCCGGCGCCGCCGGCGAGGGCGAGGGAGGCAGCGUGGCUCGGACGGAGGUCGCCGGCGGCGGCGCCGGUGGCGGCGCCGGUGGCGGCGGUGACGGCGGUGACGGCGGUGACGGCGCACGCCCCCAAGCCCCGGUCAAGGAGGAGUUCCCGCCGUACAUCCUGGAGGACCUGAAUGAAAUCAUCUGGAGGGACAUGUACGACCUCCCGGCUGGCGGCGCCGGUGCCUCAAGUUCCUCCGGCGCCUUGCCGUGACUCCUGACACUCCAAACUUGCGCAAUCGGCGGCAAGAACCAGAGGCGCCCCAAGGUGAUCCACCUCCUCCAUCCCUCCUCCUCCCUCCUCCCGCCGCCGCCGCCCGUCGCUGGCGUCAGGCGGCGCCGGCUACGCGGUGGAACCUCGCUGGCGCCCCGUGCCUUGUUCCUUACCCCGCCACACCGAGCGAGCGAGCGAGAGAGCUUCUCCGCCGUGACUAAGACGCCGGCGUCACCGUCGCCACCGUCGCCACCGUCGCCGGCAUCGCCGGCGCCCUUAGCCGGGGUUGCCGAGCGGGGCAGGAGGAGGAGGGGGGGGAGGUCGACCCCAGCCUGCCGGCGCUGCCACAGACGGUUCCACGCCCCUCCUCGGCCCCGCUAAGCGAAGCACAGCAACCACUUUGUCGAUGCAAGCACCACGCCGACGCCGGUGCCUGUGCCUGUGGCGGUGCCUGUGGCGGUGCCUGUGGUGCCGGCGGUGCCGGCCAACUCCCAGGUGUCCUGGUCUAGCGGUGAGCGUCGUCCGAGCCCGUAGACGAGUCGCCUUGCAGACGCUGCUGCUUUGCAUGGGAUCGGUAGAACGCACGCAAGCGCGUGUGUGUGUGGUGUGUGUAUGUAUGUGGUGUGUGUGUGUACGUUAGGGUGUGUGUACGUGGUGUGUGUGUGUACGUUAGGGUG